AUGCGUCCCGACACAUAUAUAUCUCCUGAUGGACGGUCCAACUUUUACCAGGCUGUCGCUGCCGCUGCCUCACCUGCUUCGCGAAACCGCGGUGGACUUAUUGCUUUCAAUGACAGAAUUACGUCCAUCUACUACUCAACCAAGGUCAACGCCAACACUCCCGACACCUUCCACGCUCUCGAGCAAGGAAACCUUGGUGCCUUCCUCGCCGGACAGCCAUACUAUUUCUUCGACGCGGCAUACCCCACCGGCCGUCCCUAUUUUGACGUCAGCAACACGACCGAGCUGCCUGCUGUCAUCAUUGUCUACGGCCACCAGGGCUUCGAUGCCUCGUUGAUGUACGCCGCUGUCCAAAACGGGGCAAAGGGUUUGGUGAUCCUGGGGCCCGGAGCGGCUUCCGUCAGUCCUAGCGCCAGAGCUGCGGCUGCCGAUCUCUAUGAGCAAGGGAUACCCACCGUUGCCGUCGCCCGCCCGGUUACCGGCUCCGGCGUGCCCAGUCCUAUUCCCGGGGCUCUGUGA